AGACAGAGCAAAGCCACAACGCUUUCUCUGCUGGAUUAAAGACGGCCCACAGACCCGAACUUCUACUAUACUACUUAAAAUUACACAGGUGGCUCGUCAAAUUCAAUUGAUUAGUAUUGUAAAAGGAAAAAGAAGUUCCUUCUUACAGCUUGGAUUCAACGGUUCAAAACAAAAAUGCAGCUGCCAUUAAAGUCACAGAUGAACAAACUUCUACACUGAUUUUUAAAAUCAAGAAUAAGGGCAGCAAGUUUCUGGAUUCACUGUAUCAACAGAUACAAAAAGACAUCAUUUUACAACCUCAUUUCAAAAUGAAGGCUUUUACCUGGACCCUAGGUGUGCUAUUCUUCCUACUAGUGGACGUUGGACAUUGCAGAGGUGGACAAUUCAAAAUUAAAAAAAUAAACCAGAGAAGAUACCCUCGCGCCACAGAUGGUAAAGAGGAAGCAAAGAAAUGUGCAUACACAUUCCUGGUACCUGAACAAAGAAUAACAGGGCCAAUCUGUGUCAACACCAAAGGGCAAGAUGCAAGUACCAUUAAAGACAUGAUCACCAGGAUGGACCUUGAAAACCUGAAGGAUGUGCUCUCCAGGCAGAAGCGGGAGAUAGAUGUUCUGCAACUGGUGGUGGAUGUAGAUGGAAACAUUGUGAAUGAGGUAAAGCUGCUGAGAAAGGAAAGCCGUAACAUGAACUCUCGUGUUACUCAACUCUACAUGCAACUAUUACAUGAGAUUAUCCGUAAGAGGGAUAAUUCACUUGAACUUUCCCAAUUGGAAAACAAAAUCCUCAAUGUCACCACAGAAAUGUUGAAGAUGGCAACAAGGUACAGGGAACUAGAGGUGAAAUAUGCUUCCUUGACAGAUCUUGUCAAUAACCAAUCCGUGAUGAUCACUUUGUUGGAAGAACAGUGCUUGAGGAUAUUUUCCCGACAAGACACCCAUGUGUCUCCCCCACUUGUCCAGGUGGUGCCACAACAUAUUCCUAACAGCCAUCAGUAUACUCCUGGUCUGCUGGGAGGUAACGAGAUUCAGAGGGAUCCAGGUUAUCCCAGAGAUUUAAUGCCACCACCUGAUCUGGCAACUUCUCCCACCAAAAGCCCUUUCAAGAUACCACCGGUAACUUUCAUCAAUGAAGGACCAUUCAAAGACUGUCAGCAAGCAAAAGAAGCUGGGCAUUCGGUCAGUGGGAUUUAUAUGAUUAAACCUGAAAACAGCAAUGGACCAAUGCAGUUAUGGUGUGAAAACAGUUUGGAUCCUGGGGGUUGGACUGUUAUUCAGAAAAGAACAGAUGGCUCUGUCAACUUCUUCAGAAAUUGGGAAAAUUAUAAGAAAGGGUUUGGAAACAUUGACGGAGAAUAUUGGCUUGGACUGGAAAAUAUCUAUAUGCUUAGCAAUCAAGAUAAUUACAAGUUACUGAUUGAAUUAGAAGACUGGAGUGAUAAAAAAGUCUAUGCAGAAUACAGCAGCUUUCGUCUGGAACCCGAAAGUGAAUUCUAUAGACUGCGCCUGGGAACUUACCAGGGAAAUGCAGGGGAUUCUAUGAUGUGGCAUAAUGGUAAACAAUUCACCACACUGGACAGAGAUAAAGAUAUGUAUGCAGGAAACUGCGCCCACUUUCAUAAAGGAGGCUGGUGGUACAAUGCCUGUGCACAUUCUAACCUAAAUGGAGUAUGGUACAGAGGAGGCCAUUACAGAAGCAAGCACCAAGAUGGAAUUUUCUGGGCCGAAUACAGAGGCGGGUCAUACUCCUUAAGAGCAGUUCAGAUGAUGAUCAAGCCUAUUGACUGAAGAGAGACACUCGCCAAUUUAAAUGACACAGAACUUUGUACUUUUCAGUUCUUAAAAAUGUAAAUGUUACAUGUAUAUUACCUGGCACAAUUUAUUUCUACACAUAAAGUUUUUAAAAUGAAUUUUACCUUAACUAUAAAAGGGGAACCUAUAAAUGUAGUUUCAUCUGUUGUCAAUUACUGCAGAAAAUUAUGUGUUUCCACGUCCUAGUUAUUUUAAAAAUUAUGUUGACUAAAUACAGUUUGUUUCCUAAAAUGUAAAUAUUUGCAAAUCUUAGCUAUAUUUUAAAACAUAACUAAAUAACAUGUUCAAGAUCCUUAACAAUUUAUUUAAAAUCUAAGAUUGCUCUAACUUCUAGUGAAAAAAAUAUUUUUAAAAUUUCAGCCAAAUAAUGCAUUUUAUUUAUAAAAAUAUAGACAGAAAAUUAGAGAGAAACCUCUAGUUUUGCCAAUAGAAAAUACUUUUUCCAUUGAAUAAAAGCUAUUUCAAACUGAAUUUGUGCCUUUCACAUGGAAUGAUUAAAUCUGAAUUCUUAACAACAUAUCCUAUGCUGAUUUUCCCAAAACAACAUGACCCAUAGUAUUAAAUACAUAUCAUUUUUAAAAAUAAAAACCCCCCACAAAUAAUGCAUGCAUUAUUUAAAUGGUCAAUUUAUAAAGACAAAUCUAUGAAUGAAUUUCUCAGUUUUCUCAUAUUUCUUCAUAUGAUAUGCUGAACACCAAAAUCUCCAGAAAUGCAUUUUAUGUAGUUUUAAAAUCAGCAAAAUAUUAGUAUUACAAAAAUGCAGAAUAUUUAGUGUGCUACAGAUCUGAAUUAUAAUUCUAAUUUAUUACUACUUUUUUUCUAAUUUACUGAUCUUACUAUUAUAAAGAAAACAAACCCCAUCCUAUCUGCAAUUCAAAUCAGAAAGUUUGGACAGCUUUCCAAGUAUUAGUGCAUACUUUGAACAGGUGGGACUAAAAUUCAAGGAAUUGGCUGUUUUCCCAAUACUGAGAAUUCAACAGCUCCAGAGCAGAAGCCACAGGGGCAUAGCUAGUCCAAACUGCUAAUUUCAUUUUACAGUGUGUGUAAAGCUUAGUCUCACAGUGUCUCUGCAAUCAACAACUUUACUAGUGACUUUCUGGAACAAUUUCCUUCCAGAAACAUAUUUACUGCUUAGAGGUGACUUUUCCUUAAUUUAUUUGUGAAGUUAAAAUUUUAAAGAUAUCUCAUGAAACUUUUGCUUAAGCAAAAAGAAAAUCUUGAAUUGAAAUGUGUGAGGCAAACUAUGCAUGGGAAUGGUUUAAUGUGAAGAUAAUCAUUUGAACAACUCAAGUCCCUCAACAUGACCAAUGUUUUUCAUCUGCCACAUUUCAAAAUAAAACUUUUGGUGAAACAAAUUAAACAAAAUAUCCAAACCUCAUA